UUUGCACAUAUGCCUGAUCAAAAUCCAGCACAGAUCUAUAAAUAAAUUAAUUCCAGACGAAGAGCGAGACUCCGCUUCCCUGUAACGCCACUAUAGACCCAGUAUGGCAGAAAUGUACGCGAUUAGAUUGUGAGUUCGUCUGUUUGGCUCAGUUUAACCAUGACACCAUGGAGAAUGUGGAUUAUGUUCAGCACUGAAAGUCUGCUUUUAGAGGAUAAACUGCAGAGGUUAAGCUCGUAGCCUGGAAGCCUCAGGAUGCUUCUAAUAGAAACCAUAUAACUGAUUGUGUAUGAUGCUAGUUGUGGAGGGAUUUAUAUCUCAUCAGGGAAACAUCUGAGAGCUGACCUUUACUUGAAGUAUAUUUAGUGGGCUUACUAAUAACCUCAAGCUGGAGGAACACAUCAAUCAGAGAUGGAGAGCCGGGACUGUGAAACACAAUCCCGCUUUGUGGAGUUUGUGAAGAAAGAAACUGAAGUGUUUCCUGGACAGCAGCUGUUGGGGGUUAAAGAAGAAGUUUGCCAUCACUGGACUUCUAGUUUGGACCUGCACCCCUCAAAGCAUAUGAAGGAGGAAGUUAAGCCUGCUGUGAAAAAGGAAAAAGAAGAGCAGUUUUCAGAGUGUAGUCGCAUCAAAGCUGAAGACAAAAAGAAGGAAACUCCAACAUACAGCUUAGCUGAACUGAAGGAAUCAGAACCUGCUGGAGAGUUCUCCCAAAGACCAGAACCAGGCAAGGGGGCUCCCGGUGCUAUGUGUUCUUUUCUAGAAAGUGAAACGCCAGUUCACCAAACAGUUAAUCCAGUGGAGCAGAUGCAGGGAAUGAAACUAGAAGUUCCUCAUGACUUGAGCUCCAGUGUAAACCAAGAGGAUGUGCAACCCCCCCAGAUAAAGGAAGAAGAUGAAGAACUGUGGAUCGGUGAAGAGGGAGAGCAGCUUAUUGUGAAGAUUGUAGAUGAUGAAAAACUAAAUCAUAUCAAACCCGAAGACAGCAAAGAGGCGGGUGCUGCAAACAGAAUCUCAGCUGUGCGGAUAAAAAAAGACCCGGAUGGAGACUGUGGAAGGGCAGAACCAAACCCUCAACCACAUGAGCAUCGACCAUCAAAACAUGCAUCAGACUCGUCUAAUGCUGAUGUCAGUGGUGAGGGUGACAGCUGUGUGGCACGGCGAUCAGUAGUGAAGUCUGCUGGCUCUUCAGCUGAAAAGAAACGGCCCAGAAAAAGGAAAAACACUGACACUCAAACUGAGGCUAAAGCUGAGAAGAAAUCAUUUGCUUGUGAAGAUUGUGGUAAAACAUUUCCCUUUCGGUGUCAUCUCAAAUCUCACAUGAGACUCCACACCGGAGAGAAACCAUUUGCUUGUGCUGAUUGUGGUAAAACCUUUUACCAGCAAUAUCAACUCAAUUGUCACAUGACGGUCCACACUGGAGAGAAACCAUUUGCUUGUGAUUUUUGUGGUAAAACAUUUCCCUACAAGUGUCAUCUCAAAUCUCACUUGAGACUCCAUACUGGAGAGAGACCAUUUGCCUGUGGUAAUUGUGGUAAAGCUUUCACAGAGCUUAAGGACUUAAAACGGCACAUGAGAUGCCACACGGGAGAGAAACCGUUUCAGUGUGAGGUAUGCUCUAAGAAAUUUAGUCUUAAGGGAGCUCUGAAGCGACACAUGAUGAUUCAUAAUGGAGAGAAACCAUUUCCAUGCACAGAUUGUGACAGACACUUUAGAUUUAAUGCUGAUCUUCAAGCGCACAUGUUGACCCAUUUAGGCCUAAAACCAUUUGCCUGCGCUUAUUGUAAUGCAAAAUUUACCCGAAAAGGAAGUCUACUUCUGCAUGUCAGACACCACACUGGGGAGAACCUGCUUACCUGUGAAAUCUGUGAGGAGAAAUUUGUCAGAAAAUGUGAUCUCGACAACCAUAUGCCGGUUCAUUCGAGAGCACAGAGGGUCCCAACAGGAAAUGAAAAUUUUGCUUGUGAGGAAUGUGGGAAAAGAUUUGUUGAAAAGUCCCGUCUCACGAGACACAUGAUCACCCACACAGGAGAGAAACCUUUCAGUUGUGACGUUUGCUCUGUUAGGUUCUCACGACAAGAACACGUGAAGAGGCACAAACUGACACGCCACAGUAUGAUACGAAAACGCGAAGAGGCCAAAAAUUACACAGGAACACAGGAAGUGACGCAAAAAUUCACAGAACCCUAUGAGGAGGCACAAUCUUACACAGGAACCUUUGAAGAGACACAAAAUUACACAAAAAUGUGUCAAGACACAGAAAAUGAUGCAGAAGUGCAUGAUGAGACACAAAAUGACAUGCCACAAUACAUGAACAUAUGACAACACAAAAUGGUACAAAGGUACUAAAUAGACAUAAACACAUUAAGAGGCACAAAACCACACACAAUUACAUCACUGCACAUGAGGAGACA